AUGAGGGCCUCAGGUGAAAAAAAAACAGUGAGACGAGGACUUGCCACAGACCACGGUCAUAACAGAGUAAACCGUAGGCAGCAAACCCCACCUCUCAUUGCGAUCGUGUCUGGUCAAGAAAGAAACCCUUCUCGUUCUCGCCCCAUAGGGGUUUCUCUUAUAGCCUCUUCACACCACCACCAAGCGACAUGGUUACCAAACAGAGUUCAGAGAAUGGUGGCUUUAAAAUAUGUGAACUUUUCUAGAAAUGGAGCAGUAAUAUACUAA